GGGCAGCUGCGCUUGGCGAGGGACGGGGCUGCUGCUUCCCUCGAGUGGCGGCCAGGCGGGGCGGGGAGCGCGCAGGGGGGCGACAGGCUGCCCCCAAACUUUGCCGGGCGGCCCACGUGUUCGCCAGCUCGCCUGACGGGCUGCCGAGGGAGCAGCUGAGGCGCCCGGGGAAAGGGGCCGGGGCGAGCUCGAAGGAGAUGCAAGAAGUUGCCGGGACUUUGCGGGAUCCGCCAAGGGGCGUGUGAGCGGCGCUCGGAGGAGCAGGAGCAGGAGGAGGGGGCUUUUCUGCGAACUCCUCGGAGCCGCCGCCGCUGCCGCUUUGCACACCCCUCUCUUCCCCGUUGCCGCGGCGAGUCCCCCCAGCCCGGAGCCGAAGGAUGCAGUUUCGCCUCUUCUCCUGCGCCCUGAUCAUCCUCAACUGCAUGGAUUACAGCCACUGCCAAGGCGGCCGCUGGAGACGCAGCAAGAGAGCUAACUAUGGACCAAAUCCAAUUUGCAAAGGGUGCCUAUCUUGCUCCAAAGACAAUGGAUGCAUCCGAUGUCAGCAUAAGUUGUUCUUCUUUCUUAGAAGAGAAGGAAUGAGGCAAUAUGGUGAAUGCUUGAAUUCCUGCCCUUCAGGUUACUAUGGUCUCCGAGCCCCAGAUAUGAACAGAUGUUCAAGAUGCAGAAUUGAGAACUGCGAUUCUUGCUUUAGCCGAGACUUUUGCACCAAGUGCAAGCCUGGGUUUUAUCUCUACCGAGGCCGAUGCUUUGGAGAAUGUCCUGAUGGCUUCGCACCCUUAGAGGAGAUGAUGGAAUGUGUGGAAGGCUGUGAAGUGGGUCCAUGGAGUGAAUGGGGAACUUGCAGCCGAUAUAACAAGACGUGUGGAUUUAAGUGGGGUUUAGAAACGAGAACAAGGCAGAUUGUGAAAAAGCCAGCAAAGGACACGAUACCAUGCCCAACGAUUGCAGAGUCCAGAAGAUGUAAAAUGGCGCUGAGGCACUGUCCGGGAGGAAAGAAGACACCAAAGACAAAGGAUAAGAGGAAGAAGAAAAAGAAUUUAAUGGAAAGAGCACAGAAACAACACAGCCUCUUCCUCGGCACAGACUGAGCUGGCCAAUAGUGACUUUGCUGAGUGGGAAUUCCAUUGGGGGGAUUUUUGUUUGUUUGUUCGUUCGUCUUACCGUAUUUUUGCAAAAUGCACAGAAGCUGCUAUCUGCUCCUGCACUGCAAUUCAGCUGCUUUGACAGUAUUGGUUGCAAAUAACUUGUGAAAAAAAAAGAUGUCCACAAGCUUGUUUGUGUGUUUAUUUAUACUUUUGUUGUUGUUUGUUGUUGUUGUUUUUUAAAAAAAAUCUUUCCCAAAGCCUGGAGACUACAGGGGCAGAAGAAGUACACUGAGUUGAAUCAGUGUGUAUGUGUGUGUAUGAGCGCCCAAGGCUUUUUCGUUGUGUUGUUCAGUUUUAAUUCAGUGCCUGUGAGAUGCAGAUGGCCCGCUUCUUGGCACAGAAGUUUGCAGCAGAAUCUCAAAAGCUGCAAGUCAUCAUUGGGCAAUGGACUUGUGCAUAUUUAUAUAAAAACAAGACUUGGGGGAGUUAGAAUUGCAUUUAUGGCCUUUGUUUCUCAUAUUGUACUUUUCAAGAAUAAAUAACACUAAGCAGAUAUUUAUAGAUAAUGGGUGGAAUCCAAAGUUAAGUCUGCAAAGCAAACUUGUGGAAGUGAUUUUUCAUUGGCUUCUCUUCCCCCCUCCUGUUGCCCCCCCUGAAAAGAUACUGUUGAGCAUUAAGGGGCCCUCCUGAACAGUUUGUGGGAUGGGGGGGGGGGGUUCCAGUAGGGUGGGAACUCAGUAGAAAUUGCCUUUCUGUGAACAUAACUUCUGUUACCAUGUUACACCUUUUCUGAAGACGGAAUAUGAUUUCUUCCUCUUCACUUCAGCAUCUGAUCUUGUACAGCAAUCCUGUUCUGGAAGUCCUUCAACAACCAGUGGCAGCAUUUUGAGAGGCACCAGAGGCUUGCGGGGGUGGGGUGGGGUGGGGAUCACUUGUGCAAACUUGCUUCACUGACAAAACUUUGGAUUCAGCUCUUCGUAUUUGGUUCUCAGCACCUGUUAUAUUGGAACAGUUGUAUAGUAAAACUGUUCCUGACUGAUAUACUUCAGGAGUUGCUGCUUAGUACUCCAGGAGCCCAGCAGUUUCCAUGUGUACAUAUUAUGCUGUCUACAUAUAAAUAAACCUAUUUACAAUA